AUGCGUUUGUUAUUUUAUUUCUUACCCAUAAAUUUAUAUAAGAAAAUAAUUUUUUUUUUUUAUGUUUUAGAAUAUGCAAAAUUAGUACCGGAAACACCCAGAGAAAAUAUGACACUUAAAGAAGAACUCCAAUUGCAAGCCGUACCUAAAUUGGGACAUUUAUCGAAAGCCAGCAUAAAAAUUCGAGAAAAUAAAGAAUUUAAGAUGAUAAUUGAAAAGAUGGCUCAAAAUGCAAAUUCUUCGGUUGUCCAAGAAAAUUUUUCAUGGUGGAGUCAAUUUAAAGAAGCUUUGACCCUUAGAGAAGGUGAUAGCGCCGAUGAAGAUCCGCCAUCUUGUGGUGAAUACAUAAUGCACUUUUUAACGGUUAUUUGGAAAUUACUUUUUGCAUUGGUACCUCCAACAGGUUACUGUCAGGGAUGGCUUUGUUUUUUUGGAUCCCUUAUGGGUAUUGGUGCAAUGACAGCAGUUAUUGGAGAUGUUGCAGCACAUUUUGGAUGUUCUGUCGGUUUAAAAGAUUCUAUAACGGCCAUUGGAAUUGUUGCCAUGGGAACAAGCAUACCAGAUACGUUUGCAAGUAAAGUCGCCGCCAUACAGGAUGAAACCGCUGAUAAUUCCGUUGGUAACGUGACCGGAAGUAAUGCAGUUAACGUUUUUUUGGGUAUCGGUGUUGCAUGGACCAUAGCUGCAUGUUAUCAUGCUUAUUUCGGUGAAAAAUUUUACGUCGAUCCUGGAAGUUUGGCAUUUUCCGUGACGAUAUUUUGUACCGAAGCGGCGACGGCCAUUUUUAUUCUUGUUUUAAGAAGACAUAAAUCAAUCGGUGGAGAACUUGGGGGUCCGAGAUGUCAAAAAUAUUUCACUAUGUGGAUUUUCCUUCUUUUAUGGUUAAUUUAUAUAAGUUUGUCUAGCUUGGAAGUUUACGGUGUCAUUAAAGGAUUUUAA